AUGGAUAACCACGAAAUACCAGACUUCGACCGGAUGCAAGAUUUGGCAGCUGAAGACGACGGCCUUGGAUAUAGCCUCCGUCCUAAGACGCUGAACGAAUUUAUCGGACAGGAAAAAGCGAAAGAACAGCUCCGUAUCCAUAUUGAAGCCGCCAAAAAGCGCGGGGACGCGCUUGAGCAUGUGCUGCUUGUUGGUCCACCAGGGCUUGGGAAGACCACGCUUGCAAGGAUCAUCGCCAAUGAAAUUCAGACCAACUAUAAACAGGCAAUCGGUCCCGUCAUGGAGAAACUCGACCUCGCUUCAACCUUGAUGAACCUUGAUCAGGGCGAUAUUUUGUUUAUUGAUGAAAUUCACCGGAUGAAAGGCUAUGUUCAAGAAUUGCUCUACCCGGCGAUGGAGGACUACCAACUGGACUUGGCCAUCGGUCAAGGUCCCGCAUCGGAUGUCGUGCAAAUGCCCCUUAAGCAAUUUACACUCAUUGGUGCGACGACACGCGAAGGUUUGCUUACCGGUCCUUUUCGCGACAGGUUCGGCAUCCGUAUCCAUCUCGAUUACUACGAAGCAAAAGACAUCCAGCAGGCGAUUCGCAUUAACAGUGCAAAACUCAACAUUAAUAUCGACGAAGAUGCCGAAUACACAUUAGCUUGCCGCUCGCGUGGCACGAUGCGAAUCGCAAACAAACUGCUCGCUAACGUUAGAGACUAUGCCCAAGUCGAAGCAGACGGCUCUCUCUCGCUUGAGGUUGUGAAAGAUGCACUCAAAUUCUUUGACAUUGAUGAACGUGGAUUAAACAAACAAGACUACGCCUAUUUUCAGACACUCAUUGAGAAAUUCAAUGGACGUGCGGGGCUCAAGGCACUCGCUGUCGCCCUGAGUGAGGAUGAACGCACUAUCGCAGAGGUUUACGAACCUUACUACAUUAAAGAGGGAUUUUUGAUGCUAACACCAGGCGGACGCAUCGCAACCGAUGCCGCCCAUGAGUACUUCAACUAUCCUGUAGCGUCCCAAACAUCGCUGUUCUAUUAUGGUAAAACCGAGAAAUAG